AUGCGUUUCUUCUCCGCUAUCACCCCUCUCGCCCUCGUUGCAACCUCCAACGCUUUGAAUGCUGCAAGCAUCAAAGAAACCGACGAAGGAUUCGCAGUGAUCACGGCUCAAUGCAGCGACGACUAUUUCACCUGCAUCGCCAACUGCCCGCUGACCGCGCCUGCUCAGUUCUGUAUUACCUGGCCGCUUAGCUGUGCUAUUAUCUACUGUUAG